AUGAACGAAGAUAAGACGGAAUAUCCGCGGUCAGGCUCCGCAUGGAGAGAUCUCAAUCGGGACGCCUCGAGGCCCAGAAGAGAUGGAGGUUGGAACUCAACAAGUCAGAGGAGGGAUGGUGAUUGGAAAUCGACAACUCCCAGAAGAGACGGUGGUCGCGAUUCGAUGAGACAGAUGAGAGAUGGCGUAAGGAGGGAGUUUGAGCGAGAUGGUGCUGCGCCUCGUAGACAGACUCGAGGAUCAGACGACGAUUCUUCUGCCAACAGACCGGCCGAAUUCCCACUGUCGAUUCAGUACACGACAGCAGCAUCGCAAUUUCUAUUUGGCCGAUCGGUGGUGAAGGCGGCUCUGAGAAACUCUCAGCGCAAGCUUUACAAUCUGUAUGUCUACCAGGGGAGCAACAAGAAGGACACGAAGGACGACGCCUGGAUCGUGUCUAUGGCAGAGAAGAAGGGCAUCAAGGUCAAAAGCGUCUACGAGGCCGAUCAGAAGCUGCUGGACAAGAUGAGCAAGGGUAGACCACACAACGGUCUUGUUCUCGAGGCAUCUCCUCUCCCUCAGCUGCCGCUUGUCAGCCUUGGGGGGUUGUCGGCCGAUUCAAACGGCUACAAAGUCUCCGUGGCUCACCAGUCCAAGGAAGACCUCGAGAUCAACGGCACGGAAGGCUCCAUCCCUUGCAAGCAGGGUCAGUCUCGGCCGCUAGUCCUUCUGCUGAACGAGAUUUUGGACCCUGGUAACUUGGGUGCAAUUCUUCGUACAGCUUGCUUCCUUGGCGUGUCAGCUGUGGCCAUUACAGAUCGGACAUCGUCUUCUAUCACAUCCACCGUGUUGAAAGCUGCGGCUGGGGCUGCGGAAGAGAUUAAGCUCUUCACUGUUGAAGACCCAGGGCGGUUUUUGAGUCUCUCGCAAGAGGCUGGCUGGACGUCAUACGCUGCCGUUGCACCCACGCUUGGAUCGCGUUCGAACCGUCAGUGGACUCCGGACUACAUCGAGGACUUCAAGCCUCUUGAAAAAGAGCCUUGCAUCCUCGUUCUUGGUAACGAAGGCACCGGUCUUCCCUACGACAUUAGGAAGAAGGCGACGCAUGAGGUCACAAUUCCACGAGUGGCUUCAACCGCAAGCUCUGUGGACAGCUUGAACGUGAGCGUUGCUGCGGCGCUGCUCUGCAACUCGUUUUUGCGAGGAGUACGCCAGAAAGAUCCUCUGACGCUCACCGAGAGGUUGCACAUCGAUGCUCGUAAAGCAGAUGGUGGAGAGACUCUGUUUUGA